AUGUUUUUUAAUUUUACUUUAUUUGUUAUCUACGUAAAUAUAUAUAUGCAUGCAAAUAUUGCCAAAUGUUUCAUCAGUUUUUGUAAGAACAACUAUUUCACAAAUAUAUCGCUUAACCUAAGAACGAUAAAAAGACCAAUACAGCGAACAUACUUAAAAAAUUCGCUAAAUGAUAAGUUGGAUAUAAUAAAUAAAAAAUUACAAGAUAUAGGAAUUUGCCCUAAAAAUAUCGAAGAGACAUUUAUUAAAGGUACAGGAAAAGGCGGGCAGAAAGUAAACAAAACCAACAAUUGUGUCAUGAUAAAAUAUGACCGUACCAACGAUGAUAAAAUAGUUAUCAAGUGCCACAAAUAUAGGUGUUUACAGCAAAAUCGGGUAUAUGCUCGCGAAUUAUUAUAUGACAAAAUAACCUCAAUCAAUAACAAAGCCAAGGAAGACAUUAUAAACCAAAUAGAGAAGGAAAAAAGGCAAAUUUUGAAGUUGACUGAAUCGGAAAAGAAUAGAUCGAUCAAUUACAAAAAAAAACGAUCAGAAAUAAAAAGUAACAGACAAAAACAUAUAAUGCACGAUAGUGACAUUUAUUGA